UCUUACAAGCCUUUAAUUUCUUACAAAACAUACAUUCAUCAACGUUUCAUUUUCUUGCCCAAUACAACCAACAAUGCCCAUCAUACAAAAGCUAAGACGGUCUUUAUCAAGCGAAAGAAGAUCAGCUGAGGUUCCAAAGGGGCACUUAGCCGUUUACGUAGGGGAGAGCUGCGAAAAGAAGAGGUUUGUUGUUCCCGUGUCUUAUUUGAGGAAUCCUAUGUUUCAAGAGUUGCUGUCUCAAGCUGAGGAGGAAUUCGGAUUCCAUCAUCCAAUGGGAGGCCUAACCAUUUCCUGCAGCGAAGAUUUAUUCGUCGAUCUCACAUCCAACUUGAGCAAGCAAUAAGAUACAUUCAUGUCUAGAUAAAUAGAUAGAAAGCUAGAUUCUUGUAUUGUUUUCGGGGGCAUUUAUCCUUUCAUUUAUCGAGGAAUUUUUUUGCCCGGACAAGAAUUGUAAUUCCUUACUAGCUAGAAAAUUAAACUCCAAAAAUACAUUGCAAGAAACCUGUCUAUCAAUUCUAUAAUGUAAACCCUUACAUGAUUAGGCCAUUCACUGCCUAGUCAUUGUAAUAAGACAAUAAUUCCAGUCC